AUGUCCGAAGCACCGACCGAGAACGUCUACGCCUCCCUCCUCGCCACCGCCCGAUCCUCCGUGGACACGGUCCUGUUCCUGGAGACGAUCCAGCAGGAGAUCGAGACCGGGUACGCGCUGCGCACGGAGCUCCGCCACGAGAACGAGCGCGCGCUGAGCUCGCUGCUGGCGGCGAUGCCGAAACUCAGCGAGCGGGGGCCGUCCGUCCGGCGGCUGGAGGAACAGGCCCAGCAGCUGACCGCCGAGUCCGCGUCGCUGCGGGAAAAGAUGGUCCGGUCGCGGCGACAGUUGCCGCUGCUCAGGGCCCGCACGGAGGCGUGGCUGUGGACGUACCUGCGCACUCCGGAUGCGAGCGAGCUGGCGACGAGGUUGAACGGCGGGGGCAGGCAGCGUGGACUGUGA